GAACAGUUGAUAUCACGGCACAUCAGAUUAUGUCAGACGGAAUCCUAAAAGAAAUUCACCAAGCCACUGGCGGUGACUGGGGAGGGACAAAAGUUGAUCUAGCAUUUGAACACUUCCUAUGUGAAAUAACAGGUGAGGGCGUCAUGGAUUCCUUCAAAAAUAAAGCAAUGGAAGAUUACCUUGAUCUUAUGAGAUGUUUUGAGGUUAAGAAGAGAGAGAUAAAAGCAACAAGUGACAGACAGGUAUCUUUGAAGAUACCUGUAGCUUUGAUUGACCAGACUAAAGAUCUCACCGACAUAACAGUCCGGGAAAAGAUUCAAUGUACAAAAUAUAAAAACCAUGUAGAGCUUGCAGGUGACAAAAUAAGACUUGAUCCUGAUAUUAUGAAAGGCUUCUUCACAGAAUCAUUGGAAAGUAUUGUCAGCCAUUUGGAGGAUCUCUUUCGUUUACCGCAGCUGCAAGAAUGCCAAACAAUACUUAUGGUAGGUGGUUAUUCCGAGUCGUCCAUUCUUCAGGAAAGAAUAAGAGCUUGUUUUCGAGAGAAGAAUGUGAUAAUACCAGCUGAUGCAGGACUUGCUGUUCUAAAGGGAGCGGUAAUUUUUGGUCACAACCCAUCUCUGAUUGCGGAAAGAAUAUGCAAGUUUACGUACGGAACUAGGGCUUCACAUGAAAUGAAAAAUUCAUGCACCCAUCGUAAAACAAAAACUUUUUUUGCAGAAGGUAAAGAAUUUUGCGAAGAUAUAUUUGACGUUCAUGUCCGUGCUGGAGAUGUUGUCAAAGUAGGUGAAUGGCAAGAAGAAAAAUUAUAUUUUCCGAUUUAUCCAACACAGACGUCUGUAACAUUUAUAAUUUAUUGUACGAAAGAUCGCUCGCCUGACCUAGUGACUGAUUCAGGCUGUGUACUAUUGGGUGAGGUUGAGUUGCCUAUGCCUGAUACAACAGGUGGUGUCGAUCGUAAAGCGUCUGCAAGUUUUCGAUUCGGUGGUACGGAGUUAGAGGUGCAAGUUUAUGAUAAAUCGGCAGGGACGGAAAGAAAUAUAUCGCUGUCAUUUUUAGGUUGAUAAUUGUGUUGAAUUCAUGUUACAUUUCAACACUGGAACACUACAUUUUAAUAUUUUCACACAAAGUCAUUGUAGUUUGGGCGUUUUUGAAAUAAAAUGUCAUCAAAGCAGACUCGUUCUUUUAUAUGAAAAUAGAUCAUUAAUACAUGUCUUAUUCGACAAAAAACAUCCAAUAUACGUAUGAGCAAUGUUAAUCCUGCUGUGAUUUUAAACCGUUGCAACGUUUUAUUUUGUUUUAUGUGGGAGAAAAGUUUUAACAUUUGUUAAUGUUCUAUAUAUAUGGGAUAUUUUAUAAUAUAAUAUUUCAAGUGUUUGUUUUUUCCGGACAGAUCUAUGCAAUAAUAAUAAAUAAUAUGUGACUUUAAUCAGAUAACGAAGAUGAAUGAAGUAAAGAAUAUGUCAAAUUAUUAUUAGGUAAUUAUACAUUUUACUGUACAAUACGGGAAUAUAUUUGGACGAGUGCUCAGAUUUAAAGGUCAUAUUGCACGAGCCGAUAGCGAGUCCAAUAUGACUUUCCAAGCUGUGUACGAGUCCAAAUAUAUUCCGUAUCGUACAUUCAAAUUUAUAAUAAACUUUUUGUUAUAUAUCUUUCGUUUAAUUUUAAAUAUCAUCAUCAUCAUCAUCACACCAACAAAUCAUCCACUCCACGACCAAUAACAAAACCACUAUCAUUAACAUCAUCAAUGUAACCAAUAAAACUACCACCACAUCCACUAUCAUAGACCCAUAUCAAAAAAGUUCUAGAAAAAAAGGUUAUAAUUCAUGAAUGGUUUUGUUUUGUACAUACAUAAGUUUUAGGAUUUGACUGAUACAAUGAAUACUUUUUAGACGUUAUUUAUUUA